CAAACCCUGCUUUGAGCUGAGUUGAUGGACCGCAAGGGUGGCUAGUGCGGCCCAUCGACGGGUAUAAUAGCAGUCAUUUUCUUCGGUUUGGACCAAAGCCCUUUUUCUUCUCCCUCCGUUUCCUCUGCUGCAAGUUUCCAACAUCAGUGAUUACUGAUCGGUAGACACAAAAAAGAACAGCUGCUCUCGUGUCUCGUCCACCUUUUUGUUCUUCUUCAAUGUCACCAACAUACUAGAUUAUUGGAAAUUUGAGAAAGAAAAAUGGAUGCUAGAUUGGCCAACACGUGGCGUUUGACAGUGAAUGAGAAGAAUUUUAUCAAAACAGCUUUGCUUUCUGAAAUAAGAAUAGAUGGUCGAAAACCCUUUGAAUUUCGUAAUUUCAUCAUCAAUUUUGGCAGAGAAGAUGGGUUGACAGAGGUGCAGCUGGGCCAGACUCGUGUUAUGGCCAUUGUGACGGCUAAAUUGGUUCAGCCUUAUCAAGACCGGCCCAAUGAAGGAACACUUUCGAUCUACACGGAGUUUUCGCCAAUGGCUGAUCCCUCAUUUGAGAUAGGCCGCCCAGGAGAAUCUGCUAUUGAGUUGGGACGUAUAAUAGAUCGUGGUCUAAGGGAAAGUAAGGCCGUAGAUACUGAAUCACUUUGUAUCAUUGCUGGCAAGUUAGUAUGGGCCCUCCGUAUUGAUCUCCACAUUCUAGAUAAUGGGGGAAACCUGGUUGAUGCAGCUAAUAUAGCUGCUUUGGCUGCUCUUAUGACCUUUCGGAGGCCUGAAUGCUCACUAGGAGGAGAAGAUGGUCAAGAAGUAACAAUACAUCCUCCUGAGAUGAGGGAGCCACUUCCUUUGAUAGUACAUCAUCUUCCCAUAGCAAUUACCUUUGGAUUUUUUAUUGAUGAGAGCAUUAUGGUGAUAGAUCCCACCCACAAUGAGGAGGCUGUUAUGGCUGGAAGAAUGAUUGCUACUGUUAACGCAAAUGGUGAUAUUUGUGCGAUUCAGAAAGCUGGAGGAGAAGGUGUCAGUCAGAGGGUUAUCAUGCGAUGUUUGAAACUUGCUACUACAAAGGCUGUGGAUAUAACCAAGCAGAUAAAAGAAGCAGUUGAAGCAUACAACUCAGAAAGAGCUUUGCAGAAGAUCAAAUGCAAGUCUACUUAUGCUGGUACUAAUGAAGAGAACCGAAACCAAUCUGUUGAUAGUAAGGGCAUUAGUGAGUUGGCAGGUAAAUAUAUGGAGAGAUUGAAACUUGUAUCAAGGGAAUGCUGUGUAAGUCCAAAUAAUAAUGAAGUUGAAACCAAAUCAUUGAGAAGUGGGACAGAUGGUAUCAAUUUUACUAGCGGCCCCUUGAGUUGGGAUCCUUACUCAAAGGGUGUUGAUCCAGAAUUUCUGAAAGUUUCACUAGCUUCACAAGGUUUGUCAACUCCCAAUAAGAAAAAGGAGUCAAGUGGUGAGGAAAAGCCUAGUGGAACCGAACGAGAGGGGCCAUAUGAUGAUGUUAAUCCAAAGUCGUCAGCCAUUAAUACAUCUAGAAUUGAAAUCCAGACAAAAGGGCAGAAAACAUUGAAAGACGCUGUAAAACCUAAGAACAAGAGGAAAAAGAAGGGUUCCUCCAUUAUUUAAAUUUAAUAUAUAUUUGUUACAUUUUAACUUCUCACACCUGCAUGUCAAUUGCCAAGUUAUUAGUGGAGCAAAUCUUUAUGGAUCCUUCAUGAAAUUCAGUUAUUUUUUGUUCCUAA